CGGUAUUUUGCAUAAGACGCAUCUCUUAUUCAUAAGUGUAUUAUACGGUAGCUACAAGCAGCGUACGAUUUACUGUUUCGCGUUAAUCUAAUUUACAGUUUAUCGUUCUUUUCCUGCCGGUUAAUUUUUUUGAAAGUUUCCGAACGUUUAUCGUCGCGCCAGAUAAAUAGUCGGAAAUUUGAACGUUGGCAAAAGAGAGAGAAAAAAUAGAUACUAGCAGACCAGGUUGAAUGACCUAAUAGCUCAGCGGGUUCUGAUGUGAGAACGGUAUAUAAUAAAGUAAAAAUCUUUGGCCACGCCCUGCCGUGCAGAGUUUCUACGUGUACUUUUGUCCAGCAAAAUUGAACGAUAAAGAAGAUUGUUUCGCAAGGAUUAAACGGUGUGAAAUACGAUCGUCGCCUGCGCCCUUGCGGUCAUGCGUUCUCCAGUCGCUUGCAUUUACCUCUGUGACGCUUACCGCAAUGGGGGGAGGAAUUGGUGGGGCUCGUAUUUGAAGAGCGGCCGCGCAAUUUCACCCCUCAAACGAGAGGGAGAAGCCACGGCUUCAACCGCGCGCGGCAAACUCUGAGUGAACAGGCACGUCCUGUAAUUUAUUAAAGACGUAACUUCUUUCAAAAAGUGUUGCUUCACGGGUGCAUCUUGAAGAAUCUAAAGAUCCUUGGAACUGCUUGACUUGAAAAAAAUCUCAAUAUGAAGAUUACAGAAUACCUCUGCUGUACGCUGGCUUGUAUGUGUCUACUGAAGGUGGCAAAUACCGAGGUUUUGGGAGAUAAGAAUUCACUUUUGCAGUUCGAACGUCAGCUUCUAAAUACCCUUACGACGGAGAAGACAAUCAAGCCGAAAAGACCAUUUUGCAAUGCUUUUACAGGAUGUGGCAGAUUUGUUGCGGAAGAAAAAAGAGACAAGAAAAAAAGAGCACGUAUUUCCACUCUACGGGACUUGCAGGACUUUCAUGUGACAAGCGACAACGUCCGACUUCCGAUUUCGUUAUACAGAGCACUGCUGAAUGCCGUAAAACAAAACAAUUGGAACGCGAUCGAUCGUGAAGAAUACGAUAACCGAUUACAUCAAAUGCCACAGGUUUAUCUUUCAAAUCAAAUGCCUCUACGCGACACGCUGGAAAGCUAAUUUUGACGGACACAACUUGACGCAUGGACGCCGCCAAAGAGUUUUUUAUCAACAGAUAUUUUUAUUAUAUAUAUUUUAUAAAUUUUUUUAAAUUAUAUGUACUUUUUUAAU